AUGGCUGGAAUAAUGAUCCCAGCAGUGUGUGAGCAGGUGAGCUGCAGACAGGAGAAGGAGCAAGCCGCCCAGAGGCUCACAGAGGCCCAGAUCACGCUGUGCAGCAGAAAUACUGCAUUGGAAGUGGGUAUUAAACACUGGGAGUUCCUAUAUGGACUUCUGGACAAGCAUACACGUGUCCUGGCAGAGAAAAACAAGCACUGGGAGGUGAAUUGGCCUAAACACGAGAAUAUGUUGAAUACCAGGAUCCAGCACAGGGACGGUGUAAUCAGGGGUCUGACAGAAGCCAACAAGACCCUGUCGAGAAAAAAUACCAAAUUGGAGGGAACAGAGCAGAGCUGGCAGGAUCAGAUCCGCCAGAGGGACACUGCAAUCGUGCCUGGAAGGACGUGCACCAGUGGUCAGUUAAGCUGUAGUAACGGGGCAUGCAUCCCAGGAGAAUACCGAUGUGACCGUCUGGCGGACUGCUCAGAUGGAUCCGAUGAGAGAGACUGCCAUUACCCUGAGUGCACACAGCUGAGGUGUGCUAAUGGGGCCUGCUACAACCGGACCGGGAGAUGUGACCAGAUAGUUGACUGCCGGGAUGGCUCUGACGAGUCAAAUUGCACACAGCACUGUAAUACGGGCCUGUUCCCGUGCCAUAACGGGGCGUGUGUUCCUCAACGCUACGUCUGUGACCACGAUGAUGACUGUGGAGACCGAAGUGAUGAGCUAAACUGCACAUAUCCUACAUGUAAAGGGAACUACUUCACCUGCCCCAGUGGCCGUUGUAUCCACCAAGUCUGGGUUUGUGAUGGGGAAGACGACUGUGAGGACAAUGCAGAUGAAAAAGGAUGUGAUAAUGUACCGCAGGAGUGUUACCCAGGUGAAUGGCCCUGUCCAUCGUCUGGCCUGUGUAUCCCCAUGGAUCAGCUGUGUGAUGGGACGGCUCACUGUCCAGAGGGAGAGGAUGAAACUAACAGCACUGCUGGGCGCAACUGCAGUAUCUGGAGAUGUGCCUCUCUGAGCUGUGAGCAUCGUUGUCAUGGUUCCCCUGAUGGAGGAACAUGUUCCUGUCCUUCUGGAUACAUUGUCAACAACAACAAUAGUCGCUCAUGUAUAGACUUUGACGACUGUUCGAUGUGGGGCGUGUGUGACCAACUGUGUGAGGACCGAGUCGGUUCCCAUCGCUGCAGCUGUCGAGAGAGCUACAUCCUGGAGCAGCACAGACACUGCAGAGCUGACUCCUCGACUGGAGUCCCGUUCUUGAUAUUUUCUAAUGGCAGAGACCUUCUAAUCGGUGACGUCCAUGGCAACAGCAUGCGCACUUUGGUUCAUUCACAGAACAGAGGAGUUGCAGUGGGAGUGGAUUUCCAUUAUAAUCUGCACAGGAUCUUCUGGACUGAUACCAUUCAGAAUAAGGUGUUUUCUGUGGAUAUGGACGGUUCCAAUGUGCAGGUGGUUUUAAAUGUAUCGGUUGACUACCCCGAGAACUUGGCGGUGGAUUGGGUGAACAAUAAACUGUAUGUGGUGGAGUCCAGCGUCAACAGGAUUGACAUGGUGGACUUUGAUGGCAGCAACCGGGUCACACUCAUCACUGAAAACCUGGGAAACCCUAGAGGACUGGCGGUGGACCCCACUGUCGGGUAUAUGUUCUUCUCUGAUUGGGAGGCAGUGAAUGGACAACCAGGCCUGGAGCGGGCCUUCAUGGAUGGCACCAACCGUUAUGGGAUUAUUAGAACCAAACUGGGUUGGCCAGCUGGCAUAACACUGGACAUUGAAGAAAAGCGCGUCUACUGGGUUGACAGUCGCUAUGACUAUAUUGAAACGGCGACAUAUGAUGGCCUUCAUCGAAAAACGGUGGUACAUGGAGGUGCUGUGAUCCCACACCCAUUUGGCAUCAGUCUGUUUGAACACAGUGUUUAUUUCACGGACUGGACCAAGAUGGCCGUGAUGACAGCCAACAAGUUCUCUGACAGCAGUACCCAAGUUGUUUUCAAUACAUCUCAGACUCCACACGGAGUAGCCGUCAUACAUCAGCUGAAACAGCCAUAUGUUGCUAACCCUUGUAGUGUAGACAGAGGUGGAUGUGAGCAGAUCUGUGUUCUGAGUCACAGGAGUGACAAUGGAGGUCUUGGUUACCGCUGCAAAUGUCGCAUGGGCUACGACAUACAUGCUGAUGGCAAGCGGUGUUAUCGCAGGGAGGUACUGGCAGCCAACAGAGUGGAUGGCGUGGAGGACCUGGCUUACGACUGGAUUUCAAAGAACCUCUACUGGACUGACCCACGAUACAGGAGCAUAUCUGUCAUGAAGAUAGCUGAUAAGUCCAGGAGAACCAUCAUACGAAACCUCAACAACCCUCGGGCCAUAGUGGUUCAUCCUCUCAUUGGGUAUAUUUUUUGGACUGACUGGUACCGGCCAGCGAAAAUCAUGAGGGCUUGGGCUGACGGGUCACAUGCCUUGUCUAUUGUCAACACAACUCUUGGCUGGCCAAAUGGCCUGGCUAUUGACUGGAGCUCAAUGCGUCUGUACUGGGUGGAUGCUUUCUUUGACAAAAUUGAGCACAGCAACUUUGACGGACGGAACAGGAUUUCUUUGGAUCGCAUAACCCAGAUCUCCCAUCCGUUUGGUCUCACUAUUUUUGAAGGCUAUGCAUAUUUCACUGACUGGCGCCUGGGUGGCAUUGUACGUGUGCGCAAGACCGAUGGUGGGGAGAUGGUCAUAAUCAGACGAGGAAUCAGCCACAUAAUGCAUGUCAAGUCUUUCAGCUCCAACUCUCAGAUUGGUUCCAAUCUCUGCAACAGGCAGACAAAUCCUAACGGAGACUGCAGCCACUUCUGCUUCCCGGCCCCAGACUCUCAGAGGGUGUGUGGCUGUCCGUAUGGCAUGAAGCUUUUGCCCAACCAGCAGACAUGUGUGGAAGACCCUUCCAGUGAGCCCCCCACGCUGCAGUGCGGAGCCAACUCCUUCUCCUGUGGCAACGGCAAAUGCGUACCAAACAGCUACAGAUGCGAUGGUGUUGAUGACUGCCAUGACAACAGUGACGAACUCAACUGUGGAAUUAACAACACCACUUGCUCCCCGUCUGCAUUCACAUGUGCCAAUAAGCACUGCGUGCCUACGAGAUGGCGCUGUGAUGGGCACAAUGACUGCUCUGAUAACAGCGAUGAGGUAAACUGCCCUACGCAGGUGCCCGGAACAUGUCCUGCUAAUCAGUUUACCUGUACCAACCACCGCUGCAUCCCACAUACCUGGAGGUGUGACACUGAUAAUGACUGUGGGGACAGCUCGGAUGAAGCAGACUGCCAUCUGGCAAGCACGUGCCAUCCAGGGCAGUUUCAGUGUCCGGACCACCGCUGCAUAGACCCCAGCUACGUCUGUGACGGGGACAGGGACUGUGUGGAUGGGGCGGAUGAGCAGGGAUGCAUCUACAACUGCACUGGGAACGAGUUCAAGUGUUCCACUGGCCACCAAUGUGUCAACUCCUACUACCGGUGUGAUGGGGUCUUUGACUGCACUGACCGCACAGACGAGCAAGGCUGUCCUACUAGGCCUCCAGGGAUGUGCCACCAUGAGAGGGAGUUCCAGUGUCAGUCAGACGGGAGCUGUGUGCCGUCUACCUGGGAGUGUGACGGUCAUCCAGACUGUGAGGACGGCAGCGACGAGCACCAGGCCUGCCCCCCCCGCACCUGCCCCUCCUCACUGUUCCGCUGUGACAACGGCAACUGUGUGUUACGCAGCUGGAUCUGUGAUGGGGACAACGACUGCAGGGACCUGAGUGAUGAAAAAGACUGUCCCACGCCGCCCUUCCGCUGUCCGAGCUGGCAGUGGCAGUGCCCCGGCCACAGUGUGUGCAUCAACCUCACCACAGUGUGUGACAACACCCCCGACUGCCCCAACGGUGCUGACGAGUCUCCUCUCUGCAAUGAGCCCUUGCCAGAUCAGGAGAGCUGUUCUGAUAACAACGCUGGCUGCACCCACGGUUGUAUCCAAGGGCCUUUUGGGGCCCAGUGCACAUGCCCCGUUGGUUACCAGCUAAGCAAUGACUCCAAAACCUGUGAAGAUAUGGAUGAGUGUAACCCCCCUGGACUCUGCAGCCAGCACUGCUUUAAUGAGAGAGGCUCUUUCCGCUGCCACUGCCAGGAUGGAUACACGCUGGAAGUAGACCAGCGUACCUGCAAGGCCUCAGAUUCACGGCAGGCGUUCCUGCUAGUUGCCAGUCGAAAUCAGAUUGUGCAAGAUGACAUAACCGCUCAGCCCAAUGUGGUCCGAUCACUGGUCCGAGAUGGGCGCAACAUCGUGGCCCUAGACUUUGACUCAGUCACUGACCGUGUGUACUGGUCGGACACCAGCCAGGACAGAAUCUGGAGUGCUAACAAGAACGGCAGUGACAGAACUGUGGUAUUUGACAGUGGAGUGACAGUAACAGAGAGCCUUGCUGUGGACUGGGUGGGCAGGAACCUGUACUGGACUGACUUCGUCUUGGAGACUGUUGAAGUGUCUAAACUGGAUGGCACCCACCGCACUGUGUUAGUCAGUGAAAAUGUCACCAACCCUCGAGCUCUGGUGGUGGACCCGCGGGACAGCUCUCACCUGAUGUUCUGGACAGACUGGGGGAGAAACCCCCGCAUUGAGAGGGCCAGCAUGGACGGCAAAUUAAGGACUGUUAUCGUCAGCACCAAGCUGUACUGGCCCAACGGUCUAACCAUAGACUAUCCAAACAAUCUGUUGUACUUUGCAGAUGCCUACUUGGAUUUCAUUGAUUACUGCGAUUUUAAUGGCAACAAUAGAAAACAAGUUCUGGCCAGUGACCUGGUACUGCAACAUCCCCACGCAAUUACCAUUUUUGAGGAUUUUGUGUAUUGGACCGACAGAUACAUCAACCGUGUGAUGCGAGCCCAUAAGUGGCACGGGGAGAACCAGACAGUGAUGCUUUUCAACCUCCCUCAGCCCAUGGGUCUGGUGACAGUGCACCCAGCCAGGCAGCCGGCAGGUGAAAAUCACUGCUUGAGGAGUCCCUGUUCUCAUAUCUGCUUGCUUUCUGCUGUGGGACCGAGCUAUUACUCGUGUGCCUGCCCCUCAGGCUGGACACUGGCAGCAGACCAAAUCACCUGCACCAGAGUUGAAGAUCCUUUCCUGGUGGUUGUGCGAGACAGCAUCAUCUAUGGCAUUUCCCUGGACCCAGAUGACAAGACAAAUGAUGCUAUGGUCCCUAUCGCUGGGCUUCAUAAUGGAUACGAUGUUGACUUUGAUGACAAUGAAGAGACCAUCUUCUGGGUGGAGCACCCGGGUGAGAUCCACAGGGUGAAGUCAGAUGGUACCAACAGGACAGAGUUCGCCCCUGCAGCCAUCCUCGGCUCCCCUGUUGGCCUGGCCUUGGACUGGAUAACAGAGAACCUGUACUAUACCAACCCAGCUACACAGUCUAUUGAGGUUUUGAAGUUGAGAGGGGAGGUACAGUACAGGAAAACUCUCAUCACAAAUAACGGCUCUCCAACUGGCGCUGGCAGUCCUGUUGGCAUCGCGGUGGAUCCAGCACGUGGAAAACUGUACUGGACAGACCAGGGAACAGAGAGCGGCAUCGCUGCCAAGGUGGCGUCUGCAGACAUGGAUGGCUUGAACCCUGCCAUCCUGUUCACCAGCAACCUGGAUCACAUUGAGUUCCUCACCUUGGACAUCAAAGAGAACAAGCUGUACUGGGCUGUUACUAGCACUGGCAUGAUUGAGCGUGGGGAUCCAGACGGAAGUAACCGCAUCACUAUAGUGACCGGCCUGUCUCACCCCUGGGGAGUGGCCGUCUAUCAAGACUACCUCUACUUCACUGACCGCAACUUUGAGGUGAUAGAGCGCGUGGAGAAGUCCACGGGUGCCAACAGGAUUGUGCUGCGAGACAACAUUUCUGGACUCAGAGUUCUGAAAGUGCAUUAUCGUGAGGCCUCUGCGGGAACUUCCAAUGGCUGCACCAACAACAUGGAAGCGUGUGAGCAGCUCUGCCUGCCUCGGCCGCAGGGUCUGUUUACCUGUGCAUGCGCCACAGGUUUUAAACUCAACGCUGACAACAGGACCUGCACUCCCUACCAGUCCUAUGUCGUCAUCUCCACUCUUUCUGCGAUCAAAGGCUUCAGUCUGGAAGGGGCAGACCACUCUGAGGCCAUGAUGCCUGUGGCUGGGAUAGGCCGUAACGCUUUACACAUUGAUGUUCACAUGGCCUCCGGAUACAUCUACUGGUGUGACUUCAGCAGCACUGUGGCCACACAGAACGGGGUCAGACGGAUCAAGCCAGAUGGCUCAGGAUUACAUAGUGUAGUAACAUCUGGAAUAGGACGCAACGGGAUACGAGGCAUUGCUGUGGACUGGGCUGCAGGGAAUCUGUAUUUCACCAACGCCUUCCUCACUGAGACGUAUGUGGAGGUGCUCCACCUGAACACCACUUUCCGCAGGGUGCUGCUGAAGACCCAGGUGGACAUGCCGCGCCACAUCGUGGUGGACCCCAGGAACAGAUACCUGUUCUGGGCGGAUUAUGGUCAGAACCCAAAAAUUGAGCGAGCACUCUUGGACGGCACCAACCGCACAGUUUUAGUGUCAUCAGGGAUUAUUACUCCUCGAGGUCUCGCUCUGGACUGGCAGACUGGCUACGUCUACUGGGUAGAUGACUCCCUGGAUAUGAUUGCACGAAUCAACCCUCAAGGAGGGGAGACGGAGAUAGUCAGGUACGGCAGCCGCUACCCCACUCCUUAUGGAAUCGCAGUGUUUGAGAGUAGUAUUAUCUGGGUGGACAGAAACCUGAAGAAGGUUUUCCAAGCAAGCAAUCAGCCCGGCAGCACAGAGCAGCCUGCUGUCAUCAGAGACAAUGUCAACAUGCUUAGGGACGUUACAAUCUUUGACCAGCGCACUCAGCCUACCACCGCCCAGGAGCUUAACUACAACCCCUGCUUGGAGGCUAAUGGAGGAUGUACCCACUUCUGCUUCGCCCUCCCCGGUUCCGACAAAGAUAACCAGAACAAAAAGUGCAGCUGUGCUUUUGGGAAUCUUGCAGCCGACAAUGCGACCUGUGUGGUGUCAAGGGAUGAUUAUCUCAUCUACACGACUGAGAGCACUGUGCGCAGCCUCCGACUCGACCCGGAGGACCAUGCGCUGCCCUUCCCUGUGGUAAACGUGCCACGCACCUCAGUGGCCCUGGAUUUUGACCUCACAGACCGCAGGGUCUACUUCACACAGAGCUCAGGCGCAGGAGCAAGCAAGAUCAGCUACAUCAGCCUGUCCUCUCCCACCACAGCUCCUGUAGAGGUGGCUUCAGAUCUGGGGGCUCCGGAUGGCAUUGCUUAUGAUUGGAUAAACAGAAGAAUCUACUACAGUGACUAUGUCAACCAGAGCAUUAACUCCAUGUCUGUGGAUGGGGCUCAAAGGACUAUCGUUGCCCAUGUGUCGAGGCCAAGGGCCAUCAUGUUAGAUCCCUGCAGGGGAUACAUGUAUUGGACAGACUGGGGAACCCAUGCAAAGAUUGAACGUGCAACCUUAGGGGGAAACUUCCGGACAGAGAUUGUGAACAGCAGUCUUGUGUGGCCCAAUGGACUGACCCUGGAUUAUGAAGAAGCGAGACUGUAUUGGGCCGAUGCUAGCUUACAGAAGAUUGAGAGAUCCUCUCUCACGGGGUCCAAUCGGGAGGUCAUCGUCAGCACAGCCAUCUACCCCUUUGCUAUGACCAUGUUUGGCCAGUUCAUCUACUGGACUGACUGGAACACACGCAGCAUCUAUCGGGCCAACAAGCACGACGGCUCUGACCAGACGGUCAUGAUCCAGAACCUUCCAUCUCGGCCGAUGGACCUCCAAGUUCUGGCCAGCAGCAAGCAGCAACAGUGUGACAGUCCAUGCCAGCAGUUUAAUGGAGGCUGCAGCCACAUCUGCUCACCCGGACCCAACGGAGCUGAGUGUCAGUGUCCAUCCGAGGGCCGCUGGUAUCUGGCUGACAACAAGCACUGUAUCCCUGAUAACGGGACGCGCUGCCAGCCGGGUCAGUACGCCUGUAUGAAUGGCCGCUGUAUUCGUGCCCAGUGGAAAUGUGACAACGACAACGACUGUGGAGAUGGAAGCGAUGAGUUGGAGAGAGUCUGUGGACAUAAACCUGACUUCAACAACUUUGUUGUCCCACAGCUGCUGUCAUCUUUUAUUGCCUUGUCAGCCUUCCACACCUGUGAGCCCACAGUGUUUACUUGUGGAAAUGGCCGAUGCGUGCCGUAUCACUACCGCUGUGACCACUACGACGACUGUGGAGACAAUAGUGACGAGGCGAGCUGUCUGUUCAAACCAUGUGACCCCAACACAGAGUUCGACUGCAACAAUGGCCGCUGCAUUGCAAAGGACUAUGUUUGUAAUGGGAUCAACAAUUGCUAUGACAACGGCACCUCUGAUGAACAAAACUGCCCGGAGAGAACCUGCCAGCCAGAGCAAACCAAAUGUCAGUCGACCAACAUCUGCAUCCCACGCUCAUACCUUUGCGAUGGAGACAACGACUGUGGGGAUAUGAGCGACGAGAGCCCUACACACUGUGAGACAUCCACAUGUUCCCAGAGUGAGUUCCGUUGCUCCAGCGGGCGCUGCGUCCCCGCCCACUGGUACUGUGACGGGGGGGCUGACUGCGCCGACGGCUCUGAUGAACCCCUCUCCUGCAUCACACAGAUCAGAACCUGCAACACAGAUCAGUUUCGCUGUGAUGACGGCAGGUGCAUUGCCUCAUCCUGGCUCUGUGAUGGGGACAAUGACUGUGGAGACAUGAGCGACGAAGACCAGAGGCAUAACUGUGGCAAUCGCACAUGUACAAGCGCAGAGUUCACCUGUGUGAACAACCAACCCCCUCAGCGUAAAUGUAUCCCACGUGACUGGGUGUGUGAUGGAGACGCAGACUGUGCAGAUGCUUUAGAUGAACAUCAGAAUUGCUCUCGCAGAUCCUGUGGCAUCAAUGAGUUCAGCUGUAACAAUGGCCUCUGCAUACGGAGCUCCUACAGGUGUGAUCGUCGAAAUGACUGCGGGGACAGCAGUGACGAGCAGGGCUGCACCUACCAGCCGUGCCAGCAGCACCAGUUCACCUGCCAGAACGGUCGCUGCGUGUCUCAUGACUUUGUCUGCGAUGGCGACAACGACUGCGGGGAUGAGUCUGAUGAGCUGGAGCACGUGUGCCGCACACUAGCACCCACCUGCCCGCCUGGGGAGUUUAAAUGUGACAAUGGACACUGCAUCUCCCUGAGCAAAGUGUGCGACAGAAGCGACGACUGCUCCGACAACAGCGAUGAGAAGGGAUGCGGUGUCAAUGAAUGCACAGAUCCAUCCAUCCAUCACUGUGACCACAAUUGCACCGACACACCCACCAGCUUCAUCUGCGCCUGUCGCCCCGGCUACCGCCUCAUGUCUGACAAAAAAUCGUGUGACGACAUCAACGAGUGUGCAGAGACCCCGAGCGUGUGCAGCCAGGUCUGUGAGAACACUCUGGGCUCCUACAUCUGUAAGUGUGCUCCGGGAUACCUCCGAGAGCCGGACGGCCACACCUGCCGUCAGAACAGCAACAUCUCGCCCUACCUUAUCUUCAGCAACCGCUACUACCUGAGGAACCUGUCCACGGAUGGACAGGCUUACUCCAUGAUGCUGCAGGGCCUGACCAGCGUGGUGGCCUUGGACUUUGAUCGCGUUGAAAAGCGUCUUUAUUGGAUUGACGUCAGCCGCAGAGUGAUUGAGAGGAUGUCCUUCAAUGGCAGCAACAGAGAGGUGGUGGUCAAUGGAGUUCUGCAUGGGGAGGGCCUCGCAGUGGACUGGAUAGGCAGAAAACUCUACUGGGCCGACAGCUUCCUGGAUUGUCUUAAAGUAUCUGAACUGGAUGGUCGAUUUGUGAAGAAACUGGCAGAGCACUGCGUUGAUGCCAAUAACAGUUACUGCUUUGAAAACCCCCGGGCCAUUGUGUUGCAUCCCAAAUAUGGAUAUGUAUACUGGACAGACUGGGGAGACAAAGCCUUUAUAGGUAGAGUUGGAAUGGAUGGAACCAACAAAGCGGCCAUCAUCACCACCAAGAUCGAGUGGCCCAACGGGGUCACGAUCGACUACACUAAUGACAAGCUCUACUGGUCUGAUGCCCAUCUCAGCUACAUCGAAUACUCAGACUUGGAUGGUCAACACAGACACACAGUGUACGAUGGAGAUUUGCCUCACCCGUUCGCCCUGACUGUGUUCGAGGACUUUGUUUACUGGACUGACUGGAACACACGCUCAGUGGAGAAAGGAAACAAAUACGAUGGCUCUGGGCGUCAGUCCCUGGUCAACACCACUCACAGACCAUUCGACGUCCAUGUGUGUCAUCCUUACAGACAGCCCAUUGGAAACAAUCCCUGUGCGGUGAACAAUGGAGGCUGCUCUCACCUGUGUCUGAUCAGCCAUGGGGGGCGGGAACACACCUGUGAGUGCCCCGACCAUUUCCUGACUGUCCAAAUAGGAGGUGUGACGCGAUGCCUUCCCAUGUGCAGCAGCACCCAGUACCGAUGUGCUAACAAUGAACGGUGUAUUCCUAUCUGGUGGAAAUGUGACGGUCAGAAUGACUGCAGAGACGGCUCCGACGAGCCCUCCACCUGCCCGGCGCGCCACUGCAGGCUCGGACAGUUUCAGUGCAACGAUGGAAACUGCACCAGCCCCCACUUCCUGUGCAACAGCCACCAGGACUGCCAUGACGGCUCCGAUGAAGACCCUGUGCUGUGUGCUACACACCAGUGUGAAGCCCACCAGUGGCAGUGUGCGAAUAAGCGGUGUGUCCCCGAGUCAUGGCAGUGUGACGGCGAGGACGACUGCGGGGAUCAGUCUGACGAAGACCCCGCCCAUUGCUCCGCCAGGACCUGUCACCCCGGACAGUUCAAGUGCCGCAACGGACGCUGUAUCCCACAAAACUGGAAAUGUGAUGUAGAUGAUGACUGUGGUGACAACUCUGAUGAACCGUUAGAGGAGUGCAUGGGACCGGCACAUCGAUGUGACAACCACACAGAGUUUGACUGCAAGACCAACUACCGCUGUGUGCCACUAUGGUCUGUUUGCAACGGCCACAAUGACUGCAGAGACAGCAGCGAUGAGCAGGGCUGUGAUGAAGUGACAUGUGACGCUAACGGAGAUUUCCGCUGUGACAACCACCGCUGCAUCCCUCUGAGAUGGAAAUGUGACGGAGAUGACGACUGCGGGGACAACUCUGAUGAACUCACCUGUGCUCCACGCACAUGCACAGAGAGCGAGUUUCGUUGUGAAAAUCUGCGCUGCAUUCCCGACCGUUGGGUCUGUGACCAUGACAACGACUGUGAGGACAACUCGGAUGAAAGGGACUGUGAGUUGAGGACGUGUCAUCCCGGUUACUUCCAGUGUGGCAGUGGACACUGUGUCGCUGAACGCUUUAAAUGUGACGGCAACGCCGACUGUCUCGACUAUACAGAUGAGAUGUCUUGUCCUACACGCUUUCCCAACGGAACAUACUGCCCCCACUUCCUGUUUGAGUGCAAUAACCACGUGUGCAUCCAGCCUCAUUGGAAAUGUGACGGAGACAACGACUGUGGAGAUAAUUCAGAUGAGGAGCUUCACCUCUGCUUGGAAAUCACAUGUGAGACUCCGUUCCGUUUCCGCUGCGACAACAACCGCUGCAUCUACAGCCACGAGCUGUGCAACUCUGUGGACGACUGUGGAGACGGCUCCGAUGAGAGACAGGAAAACUGCCAAAGUCCCACUCAUGGACCGUGUACAGAUGAUGAGUAUAAAUGCAGUAACGGACAGUGCAUCCCUCUGCAGUACGCCUGUGAUGAUUAUGACGACUGUGGAGACCAGUCGGAUGAGCUUGGCUGCCAUCAUGGCAGUGGACACACAUGCAGUGACAACAUCUGUGAACACAACUGCACCGACCUGACGCAGGGAGGCAUCCUGUGUUCCUGCCGGCCCGGCUACAAGCCCAGAGAGACAGAAAAGCACAAUUGUGAAGACGUGGAUGAGUGUGAGGUGUUUGGCAAGUGUCCUCAGGAGUGCAAGAACACGAAGGGCAGCUACGAGUGUUUUUGUGCUGAGGGCUUUCUUUCUUUUGGGGAGCCGCGUGGGACAGAGUGCGCUGCCCAGGGAAACCCCCCGGUGCUGCUGUUGCCAGACAACGUUCGCAUCCGGCGUUUCAACCUGUCCUCUGAGCAGUAUUCAGACUACGUGGACAAUGCUGAGCACAUCCAAGCUUUAGACUACCUGUGGGAUCCAGAGGGACAAGGACUCAGUGUUGUGUACUGGACAGUGUUGGGUCGGGGGUCUCAGUUUGGCUCUAUCAAACGCGCCUACAUGACCACAUUUAACGAUAACGGCAACAACCCGGUGAAGGAGGUGGAUAUGAACCUGAGAUACAUCGCCAAUCCUGACGGCAUCGCUGUGGACUGGGUUGGCGGGCACAUUUACUGGACAGAUUCAGGCACCAAUCGAAUUGAAGUGGCCAAACUGGAUGGGCGUUACAGGAAGUGGCUGAUCCACACAGACCUGGACCAGCCCGCUGCUAUUGUUGUCAAUCCAUCACUGGGGAUGAUGUACUGGACAGACUGGGGCAGGAAACCCAGAAUAGAAGCAGCGUGGAUGGACGGUCAGCACAGAGAGGUGCUGGUGAAGGAGGACGAGCUGGGAUGGCCUACCGGUCUGGCUCUAGACUUUCUGAAUGGGAACAGGAUCUACUGGUGUGACUCCAAGGAAAACAUCAUUGAGUCCAUGAAGCCUGACGGCAGUGACAGGAAGAUCGUCAUAUCAGGAGACAUUGGACAUCCCUACAGCCUGGAUGUGUUUGAGGGUCAUGUGUACUGGACAACAAAAGAGAGAGGUGAAGUGUGGAAGACCAACAAGUUUGGGAUAGGACACAAAGUCAAGGUUCUAACCAUCAACCCAUGGCUGACUCAAGUCCGCAUCUACCAGCAGCAACGACACAACCAGUCAGUACCCAACCCUUGUAAGAAUGUGUGCAGCCACCUGUGUCUCCUGCGGCCGGGGGGGUACACCUGCGCCUGCCCUCAGGGCUCCUCUCCUGUGCAGUUUGACUCCAAUGAAUGUGACGCAGCCAUUGAGCCACUCGUUGCAAUGCCCGCUGCAUGUAGAUGCAUGAAUGGUGGAACCUGCUACACUGAUGAAGGCGGUCUGCCCAAGUGCAAAUGUCUGUACGGUUAUGUGGGCAGCUACUGCGAGAUGGGGAAGUCGAGGGGCGCUCCAGGAGGAACAGCUGUGGCUGUUCUCCUGGCAGUCAUCAUCAUCCUGAUCACUGGAGCUCUGGCUGUCGGUGUUUUCCUCAACUACAAACGAACAGGAUCGUUCAUCCCCUCCAUGCCCAAACUACCCAGCCUCAGCAGCUUGGUGAAGUCCGGUGACACUGGGAACGGGGUGACGUUUCGCUCCGGUGAUAAUGUUGAUCUGGGACCGGCACACAUUGGAGUGUCAUUCAUUGACACAGCCAUGCAGAUGGAUGAUAAUUUCGCCCUGGAAGCUGGGAGGCAGCCAAUCACGUUUGAGAACCCGUUAUACGCAACAUCUCCUGGAGCGCCCAGUGAUCCUGCAGUCAUCCACGCCACACAGGUGACAGUUAAUGUGAGUGGUGAACAGUUGGAGAACAAGUUUGUGAACCCGGCAUAUCACGGAGAUCAGAGUGCAGUCACUGUGAACACAACUUCUGUCAACACCAAUCCUGCUCAGGAGUCGAAGUGGAGCUUAUUCAAGCGAAAAUUAAAGCCAAGCGCCACGUUUGAAAACCCUUCAUAUUCAGAGAUGAAGGAUGACAAGCCAGUAGGAAGCAGCGGGGACUCUGCGGCCCCCGAGCCCUCUCCGUUUGCCCCCCCCGCCAAACCUCGGAAGAGGGAACGUCCGAGCACCUUUUCUCCAACCGAGGACAGUUUCAAAGACACAGCCAACCUCGUGAAAGAGGACAGCGACGUAUAACCCCUCUCUCGCAGACGAGGAAUCAGAAAAAGAAACACACUUUGCACAGAAUUUAUUUUUUUAUGCAGCCUGUGUAUAAAACUUCAAAUUGUUUUAGGAAAGAGAAAUACAUUUCUAAAGAAUGAAGAAAAUAAGUCCUCUGUGACUAUGCCUUUUGACAUUUCAUAUGCCAAUUCUUGUGUUAAUGUUUUCUUUAUUCUGAUGUACAAAAUGUAUAUCUUUGCACUGAAGCUGCUGAUAGAAAUGUUUAUAAAUAAGUUGUAUAUUUGUAAAUUUGAACAGUAAGAUUUUGUCAGAAAAUAUCUUUGAAAUAGAUCCUAUGAAUAGUUCAGCAUAAACACAAUAACAGAGUAAAAGUGACCGGCAUUCUGAAUGUACAGCACGAAAA